AUGUACCGAUUCUUGAAUCCGCAAGUGUUCACGCAUACUGAAAGAAAGGAAGAGGCCCCUCUAGCUGUUUCAGCGUCGCAGCUCCGGAGCCGUACGCAUACGGCAACACCGUUUGACGACCCCCCAUCCAUAGCUGUGCCAAAGCUUCAGACAGUCCGCUUCUCCUACCAUCGUUACCCAUCCUCUGACGGCACCGAGGCACCACCAGCGCACCGCCACAACGUCGAUGGCGAGGACACCGAGGAUGAUGAAGGCGACAGCGACCCGGGAAUCAUCGGCACGCUGACUUCGAUCCUCGUGGGGGGUGUCGCCGACCUCCUGACCGAUUUAUCGCCACAUCCUUCACGCGCUACCACCACCGCCGCUAGUGCCAGCACCGCUACUGCCGCGCGCCGAUACGCGAGCACCCAUAGCUCCAAUGACGGCACAUUCAGCAAACCCGUCGCGGCGGACAGCUCCUGGGCCACCGCGCAGGCGCCACCCGCCGCCCACCGCCGCAGCACACGGGCCUGCUCGCUACCGGAACCUAUUGCCGGCGACCACAGCGGCGGCGGCGGCGGCGGCGGUUCGGACCACUUUACGCCGCGGACGGCGGAAGCUCAAUGGCUGAAGUCAAGCCGCAGUCUCGGCCGCGGCGAUGUCGGUGGUGGUGACGACGGGGCCGGCGGCGGUGGCGGUAACUGGGUGUUCCCGCCGCAGCACCGUACGCGGCCCGUGACGGCGCCCACGGGCGCGCCGCCGUCAGGGCGGAGCCGUUCAGGUGUCAGCGGCGAUGCGGCGGUGUCGAAUAGCCUGGUGGGGUCGCCUACAGGCGGCGGCGACGGCGGCGGCUCGACAGGACUGCUUGGCGCGAUGUUGACGGGUUUCAGCUCUCUAGGUCAGAAGGCCACUGACCUGCUGACUCAGCUAGAUCACGAUUUUGAAACUAUUUUUAACGGCGUCCUGGAGGGUGACCCCGAAGCCGAAGGGGGCGGAUCUGGGGAGUACGACAGGGAGAGCAGCGCAGGGGUUAACGGAGGGCCCAGGAAGGGCUCCGAAGGUCGGCGGCACAGCUGCAGCAGCGGCGGCGGGGCCGGCGGCGGCAGCGACGCCGCGGACGGGCGCCCGUCCGGCAAGAGCAAUCCAGCAGCAGCCAGGGGCGGGCGUAUCAGCAGUACCGGUACGGCACAGAUGCCGCCGCCGUAUAGCGCGGCGGCAGUGGCUGGCGGCAGGACGGCUGUCGUUACCGGCGCCAUGCCAUCGGCUGCGAAAGCGUCUUCCGCAGCGGCAACUCGCACGACGCCAAUGCCGCCGCCAGUCUCCAGGAGUAGUGGCGGAGGUGCUGCUACCGCCGCCGCCAGCGGCGGCGGCGGCGCCGCCGGCAGGCGCACCGGUAGUGUUGUGAAGGGCCGUAGCCACAAGUUGGACCUCGCGAGAUCGAGUGGCGGCGCCGCCGCCGCUUGGGCGAAGAUGGAAGAUGACGAUGACAGCUGGGGCUGGGGCACCUGUGAUAAAAAGGUCGCGGGGGCUGGCGGCGUGCAAGGGGAGCCAUCUGGGUCGGGGCGUGGGCCAGCGGCGCCGCCGCCGCCGGCGUCAGCGGCGGCGAAUACGAAGACGAAGUCAAUGACGAUCACGAAGACGACAUCAAUGGCGAAUGCGACGGCGAAGGUGACGACGAAGGUGACGGCAAAGCCGCAGCCGCAGGCGGGGGCGGCGACGGCGAAGGCCGCGGCGGGAGGACCACCGCCCGCAUUGCAGCCGUUGACUGGCCCUGGAAUGAGUACGGCAGCGCUGGCACCAUCGCCUGCCAGGACGCGGAGCUGUCGGUCCGUCAGCGUGUCAGUCUCUGCUGCCGCCGCGCUGACGUCACCGCCACCGUCGGCGUCAGCGUCAGCGUCAGAGUCGCGAACCAAUCGCAGCGGCGGCGGCAAGCUGAUCAUUAUUAAGCCCGCUGCCGGGACCGCAACGUCGCGGACGCAACCAGGAACAGGUACAUCAGCCAAAUGUACGACAGCAGCAGCAGCGGCCGUCGCCGUCGCCGCGGCCCGUAGCUCGUCGGUGGUGCCGUCGGCGCCUACGAAGUCCAUUACCAGAGCCGCCGCGGCAGCGUCGCCGCCAGGAUCUCCGGCACGGCAAGCCAUAGUGUCGCCGGCGGGGUCUCCAUCGUCACCAGGCUGUAGAACAGCUGCCGGUGUGACCGUCAGCGACAAGGCGGUGGCUGUUGUGAUGACCAGCAAGGUUCUGCCCUCCCGGGAGCCAUCUUCUCCGGACCGGCGACACCCCCCCAACGACCACAACAAGGGGCCCUUCACUCAUCCCACGCAUGACCCCACGCAACAACAUCAGCGGAUCCACGCCUCGGCCGCCGCCGCGGCCUCCGAGGACUCCUCGGCGACGGCGGCGGCUGCCGCCGUCGCCGCGGCUGUUACCUCGGGCGGCAGCGGCAGUAACCACGACAUGGCGGGGUUUACGUCGGAGGCUAAGGUGGCGGCGGCGGCGGCGGCGGCGGUAACGAAGCAGCAGGCGGAGCUCCGUGAGGAGCUGGAGGAGGAGCGCCGCCGCGCCGAUGCCGCGGAGGCGAGGUGCGCGGAGCUGCAGCAGCAGCUGGACGCGGCGGCGGCGGAGGCGGCUCGUCUGAGCGAGCUGGCGGACGCCCUGGGGGAGCAGCUGGCGAGUAGCGAGAAGCGCGCCGCGGACCUCGCGAAGGAAAUGUUUGUGUCGGUGGUGGUCCUGGUGCUAGUGCUGGAAAUGUCGGUGAUGGUGAUGGUGGUGGUGAUGGUGGUGGUGAUGGUAGUGGUGGUGGUGAUGGUGGUGGUGAUGGUAGUGGUGGGGGGAGCCAUAGCUACAGCCGCAACGGCAGCCGCGCACACAGUAGACAGCCCAGCUGUGGCAGCAUCGCUUGCGACGGCGGCCCUGGCGGCGCCGCCGCUGGUAGCUACGGCCACGGCGGCGGCGGCGGAGCUGCUGUCGUACACUGCACAGCAUGCAACGUAUGCACAUGGGGAUGGUGGCAUUGCCGACGACGAAGGCUACGGUUACGACGGCUUGGACGGCGCUGCGUACGAUACCACGUACUGGCAGUACGAUGAUUUGUCGACGACGCCGCUGACGCGGCCGCCAGAUGCGGCGGCAGCGGCGGCGGCGGCGCCGCCGCCCCCGUCACCGCCCCCGGGGGUUGCUGUCGGCUCCCCUUCUGGUAGCGGCGGGAGGCCUUCGAGCUCGUACGGCGAUCUUCUGUACGACUUUCGCGAUGGCUGCCAGCGCCACGUCGGCGCCAGCGGUCCUAUCUCCUGGGGUACCCCCGAGCCACCAGUGCCAAUUUACAAAACCCGUCAAAGAAGGAGCAACGCCGUGGCUGGCUUCGAAACCCAUUCGGCUCUAAGCGACAGGAGCCCGGCCAGCGGCGGCCGCAUCGGCGUCUUGGAGUUUCCCCCCCCAGAUGGGUCCCCGCUCCUAGGACGCCGUACCGGCGACGGCGACGCAUGCGGCGACGGCCAGUCCACCGAUGCGGUGCGGACGUGCCGCGCCGCCGCCAUGUGCGCUGGCGGCGGCGCUGUUGGCGGCGGUGAGGAGUGGCGGCCGGCGGCAGACCUGCCGGCGAAUGACGGCCAGGAAGGUGCCAGCGAGCAGAUGGAAACAUGUAAAGAGGCUGAGGCUGGGCGCCACACCUGGCAGGAGCGGCGGCCGCCAGCUGUUUGUUCGUCCGUUGGCCGGCCGUUCAGUGACUUCUUUCAGGGGCUAGAGCGACACCGAGCACAUCUCGGCCUGUGGCCUGGCCGCACAUUGGGCAGGCGAAGCGCCGGUGGCAUCCUCGCCGUCAUGUAG